AUGCGCUAUCUGACAAAAGAGCAUUUUCGAGUAUUAACAGCUAUUGAAAUGGGUAUGAAGAAUCACGAAGUGGUGCCCGUGGAAUUGAUUAGUACUAUCGCCAAGCUUCGUCACGGUGGUGUGCAGAAAAUCCUGUCACAUUUGCUUCGCAAUAAGCUUAUUGCACACGAUGGCAAUGUCUACGAUGGAUAUCGUCUUACAUAUAGUGGAUAUGAUUUUCUCGCGCUGCGUGUCUUCUUGCAGCGUGGUUAUAUUACGGGACUAGGUCGCCAAAUUGGCGUUGGGAAGGAGUCUGAUAUUUACUUGGCGACACAGGAAAACGGCACGGAAGUUGCGAUUAAAUUUCACCGUCUUGGACGCACAUCAUUUCGUGCCGUAAAGUCGAAGCGCGAUUAUUUGAAAAAUUGCAAGUCUGUCAGUUGGUUUUACAUGUCGCGCCUUUCGGCUAUGAAGGAAUAUGCUUUCCUGAAGGCAUUGUAUGAUCGCGGCUUUCCGACACCAACGCCCUUUGAUUGCAACCGCCACGCAAUUUGCAUGAGCCUUGUGGAUGGCUACCCACUUAAUCAAGUGCGCCAUCUUGCCAACUCAAAGGCGACGUAUGAUACGUCCAUGUCGAUUGUUGUUCGUCUUGCGGAGUAUGGAUUAGUUCAUUGUGACUUCAAUGAGUUUAAUAUCAUGAUUGGCGACGAUGGUAAAAUUACCAUGAUCGAUUUUCCGCAGAUGAUCUCAACGUCACAUCCGAACGCUACCGAACUGUUUGAUCGCGAUGUGCACGGACUCGUGAAGUUUUUCUCGCGGCUGCAAGGUGGUGCCUACACACCAGACCGUGUUCCAAAGCUGAAGGAUAUUGUUGCAGACGAAAACGUCCGACUUGACGAGGAUGUGGAAGCUAGUGGCUUUGACAAAGAGUUUGGCGAGAAAAUGCACGAUCUUUCAAUCUUCUCGGCUCAUCAAUAUAUUGAGGACGGCGAUAGCGAUGACGAUGAUUGCGAGAAUGAAAGUGAGAGUGAAGAGGAAGCUAGCGGAGAGGAAGUACUACAUCUUGUGCAAGGAGUUACAGACAUGACGCUUGACAAUCAGGUUCAUGUGUCUAAUGUAGAUGCUGCGGAUAGCGAAGACAAAGCACAGGAUUCGUUUGCCAUUGAGAAUGAGAUCAUCAAGCAACGAGUGCAACGUGACCGGCAGGUACGUCAAAAUGUAGGCAAGCGCCGGUCACGAAACUCGUCUAAGCUUAGCAUUAAGGGCAAGCUUUACCAUAAGAACGAUUGGUAG